GAAAGAGAAAACACAGAGGUGCCAAAGGAACAAAGUAAUCCAGAUCAUGAUUGGAUUGAUGCACCUCGGUUUUGGAAUUAUUUUGGGUUUAAUAUGCUUCCUUUAUGAACACAAUUUAAGUUUUCUCUCUUUUGCUUUUAUUGGUGGAUACCCAUUCUGGGGUGGCCUUUCUUUCAUUAUCUCUGGCUCUCUCUCUAUAUUAGCACCCAAGGAGCUUUCUCCUUUUCUGCUGAGAAGCAGCCUGGGAAUGAACAUUGUUAGUUCUAUCUUUGCCUUCAUUGGAAUGAUUCUGCUGCUGGUAGAUAUGUGCAUCAAUGGGGAAUUUUACCAAGAUUACUGGGCCGUGCUUUCUGGAAAAGGCAUUUCAGCCAUGCUGAUGAUCUUCUCCCUGCUGGAGUUCUUCACGGCUUGUGUCACAGCACAUUUUGCCUACCAAACAAUCACCAGCACCAACAUGUCUGUCCUGGCUGCUCCAACUGUGUAUGCAAAUAGCCAUUUGACACCAGAGUCUUCUUCAGCUCCUCCCAGACACAACGACUACCCAGCUUAUGCCCCUAGAUAUUAAAAGAAAAAGGGGCAUCAGUCUAAUUUCAUGGGGAAAAACUACCAGCACAAACUUCUUAACAAGGUGUCUUUUAUUGUUCACAAUGAUUUCCAGACUUUAAAGACUGUGUUUGAGAUUUGUCUUUAGGCUGGUCACUAAUGAUAGCUCUCUCUCUCCUCUCUGUGUCUUCCGACAUUACCACUACUACAUGCUGGCAAAGGUGAAGGACCAGAGAGGACUGAAGAAUGAUUUGCAACUCUCUUAAAGUUAGACGUUUUUCUGUUCAUGUUACUGUUCCCUUAAUAAAAUGUCACUAGAAACAAAA